ACCAUUGGGUCUAUCAGGUUGUAGUCGUCGUCAUGUCAGUUCACUGCCCGCUCUUCUUCAUGGCCUUCAUUGCAAUCAUGGCCACUGCUUUCCAUGCAAAUGCACAACUUGACCCAGGAUUCUACGACGAGGUGUGCCCGCAGGCGUUGCCGACUAUCCAGGCCGUUGUUGAGCAGGCAGUUGCACGCGAACAGCGCAUGGGUGCGUCGUUACUCCGGCUGCACUUCCAUGACUGCUUCGCCACUGGCUGUGAUGGGUCCAUUCUCUUAGACGACACUCCGACGUUCACCGGUGAGAAGACAGCGUUCCCGAACAUAAACUCCGCUAGGGGAUUCGAAGUCAUCGACGAAAUCAAGGCCGCCGUGGACUCGGCCUGCUAUGGGAGCGUUGUAUCAUGUGCCGAUAUCUUGGCCGUCGCAGCUCGUGACUCCGUCGUUGCACUGGGAGGCCAAACGUACAUUGUACCGUUGGGCCGAAGAGACUCGAGGACUGCCAGCAAGGACGAAGCAGACAACCGCAUCCCAGCGCCGUUCUUCGACUUCCCGGCGCUACUCUCCAACUUCCAAUCACACGGGCUGACCCUCGAGGACCUCGUCGUCCUAUCUGGGGCCCACACGAUUGGCCUGGCCCGGUGCACGGCUUUCCGCAACCACACCUACAAUGACACCGAUAUCAACCCCGACUUCGCCAGCUCAUUGAAGGCCCAGUGCCCGGUGACUGGAGGCGACAACAACACCGCGCCGUUGGAUGCUACGACAGCGUCGUUCGACACGGUAUACUACAAUGGGCUGUUGUAUAGGAAGGGGUUGCUACAUUCCGAUCAAGAGCUUUUCAAGGGUGAUGGGAGUGCCAGUGAUGGCCUGGUGAGGUACUACAGUGCUAACCCAACUGCAUUUUGGGCUGACUUUGGUGUGUCCAUGGGCAAAAUGGGAAAAUUGAACCCCCUUACUGGGUCUGAUGGGGAGAUUCGUUUAAAUUGUAGGAGGAUGAAUUGAGGCCGUUCAUCAAGUGGGCCCAUAAUGGUCCAUAGUUUAGCUUGAAAUUUGUUGCAUUUUUUUGGGUAAACUAUUUUUUGGAAUAAAUGCCCAUUUUUUUACUGGAUUAUAUAUAUUUUCUUCAUUAAUGCUUUACUUAUUGAUCACUGUUAUUAUAUUUACAUAGCUUAUAUUCAUGGUUUAUACAUGAAAUGGAUACCAUGGGGUCGGAUUCCUUGGAAGAUUCCGUCCAAGUCAAUGUAUUACUAGGCUUGUUAGGCUUUUUACAUUUAAGAUUUGUAAAGAGUUUUAAUGAAGAUUUGAUCGACUGCUUUAAUUUGUUCA